UUUCCGCUAUUCCUCCCCAAUCCCUAUCUCUUCCCUUUCCCUUCUUCUCUCAUACAUAUCUUCUUCCCCAGUGCGAAACCCUAAUUUCUCUUCAAAUUCCCAAUCAGAGAUUUUUUUUUGCCGGAGAAAAUUUUUCUUCAGCUCUAAGAUCGUUGGUACCAAUGUCCUCCGUUUCAAGCCAGCCACAGUUUCGUUACACGCAGCCUCCUUCUAAGGUUCUUCAUUUGAGAAACUUGCCUUGGGAAUGCACUGAAGAGGAGCUAAUCGAACUCGGGAAGCCCUUUGGUACAGUUGUAAAUACAAAGUGCAAUGUUGGAGCCAAUCGAAAUCAAGCUUUCAUUGAGUUUGAGGACUUAAACCAAGCUAUUCAAAUGAUUUCCUACUACGCCUCUUCAUCGGAGCCUGCUCAAGUUCGAGGUAAAACUGUCUACCUCCAGUACUCCAACAGGCAAGAGAUAGUGAAUAACAAAACGACAGCAGAUGUUGUGGGAAAUGUCCUUCUGGUGACAGUCGAAGGAGAGGAUGCUCGCAUGGUCAGCAUUGAUGUCUUGCAUCUGGUAUUCUCAGCCUUUGGAUUUGUCCACAAGAUUACUACUUUCGAGAAGACAGCUGGAUAUCAGGCACUGGUUCAAUUUACUGACGCGGAUACUGCGACCUCUGCAAAAAAUGCCCUCGAUGGAAGAAGCAUCCCUAGGUAUCUACUCCCUGAGGAAGUGGACCAGUGCUCUCUGAAAAUCACAUAUUCAGCUCAUACAGAUUUGACUGUCAAAUUUCAGAGCCAUCGGAGCAGGGACUAUACUAAUCCUUACCUUCCUGUUGCUCCGUCAGCCAUUGAUAGUACUGGUCAGGUGGCUGUGGGUGUAGACGGGAAGAAGAUGGAGCCUGAAAGUAAUGUUCUUCUAGCAUCGAUCGAGAACAUGCAGUAUGCAGUAACCUUGGAUGUUUUACACAUGGUUUUUGCGGCCUUUGGGGCUGUUCAGAAGAUUGCAAUGUUUGACAAGAAUGGUGGGCUACAGGCUUUGAUUCAGUACCCAGAUGUUCAAACGGCUGUGGUGGCAAAGGGAGCACUGGAAGGACAUUGUAUUUACGAUGGUGGGUUUUGUAAGCUACACAUCACUUACUCACGCCACACCGACCUCAGCAUAAAGGUGAACAAUGAUAGAAGCAGAGACUACACAAUGCCUAACCCGGCAGUUGCAAUGGCUCAACAGCCCGGACAGAAUCCAUACGCCGGCGGCAAUCCACAACAAUACCACGCAGCAGGUGCGAGCCACCAUCAGCAGCAGCAGCCGCCACAAGGUGGAUGGGCCCAACCAGGAGGAGGUCAAGGUCACAAUCCCUACAUGGCACCACCGUCUUCCGGGUCUAUGCAUCAAGGUCCCGGUGGUGGUCACAUGCCGCCGCAGCAUUACGGUGGUCCUGGUCCAAUGCAUUAGUAAGGGAGAAUUUGAAAGAGUCCUUUUAAAGUCGAAGACGAAGUUGUUUGUUUUAUCACUCUCUUUAUUUCUCCUAGCUCUGUUUUUUCUUUUCUUUUCUUUUCAUGGAACACUUGACCACUUGUGUCCAAACACGAUCAGCUUUAUAAACCAUUCGGUAUUAUCAUCAAUUUGCCUCUCAA